CUUGCUGUAGUUGAGUUUACUGGUACAGAGAAGGAGAGAAAAAACAGGUUGUACUUUUUUCUAAAAAAAAAAAAAGCACAGCUGGAUACACGACGAGUCAUCUGAUUAUUUUCCUGUUGAAAGGUUUCUUCUAGCCCAAAGUGAAAAAUGGCCACUUCCGUAAGUUCAAAGCUGACUAAAUCUGUGAAGCAGAUGUACAUGGACCUUUCACAGGGAGACUCUGUGCAGGUCAUGUAUAUCUGGAUUGAUGGGACUGGAGAGGGACUCCGCUGCAAAACCAGGACUCUGGACUCUGAACCCAAGACUAUUGAAGAUCUCCCAGAGUGGAAUUUUGAUGGCUCCAGUACAUACCAGGCUGAGGGCUCGAACAGUGACAUGUACCUCAUACCAAAAGCCAUAUUUAGAGACCCUUUCAGGAAGGACCCCAACAAGCUGGUUCUUUGUGAGGUUCUGAAAUACAAUAGGAAACCUGCAGAAUCUAACCUUCGUCAGAUGUGUGAAAAAAUCAUGAGCAGGGUAGAGAGCCAGCAUCCAUGGUUUGGAAUGGAGCAGGAGUACUCGCUCCUUGCCAUAGACGGUCAUCCUUUUGGUUGGCCCUCAAAUGGUUUCCCAGGACCACAAGGUCCUUAUUACUGUGGUGUGGGAGCAGAUAAGGCCUAUGGCAGAGACAUUGUCGAGGCCCAUUAUAAAGCCUGUCUGUAUGCUGGUGUUAUGAUUUGUGGUACCAAUGCAGAAGUCAUGCCUGCACAGUGGGAAUUCCAAGUGGGUCCAUGUGAAGGCAUCAGCAUGGGAGACCACCUGUGGAUAGCUCGUUUUAUCCUGCAUCGGGUGUGUGAAGACUUCGGUGUUGUGGCCUCCUUUGAUCCCAAACCCAUCCCAGGCAACUGGAAUGGUGCUGGCUGCCAUACCAACUUCAGCACCAAGAACAUGAGGGACGAGGGAGGCCUCAGGCACAUUGAGGAGGCUAUUGAGCGGCUGAGUAAGAGGCAUCAGUACCACAUUCGUGUCUACGACCCUAAAGGGGGGCUUGACAACGCCAGACGUCUUACUGGUCGCCAUGAAACCUCCAGCAUCAAUGAGUUCUCAGCUGGUGUGGCUAACCGUGGUGCCAGUAUCCGUAUCCCACGAGCUGUGGGCCAGGAGAAGCGAGGCUAUUUUGAGGAUCGCCGUCCCUCUGCUAACUGCGACCCAUACGCUGUGACGGAAGCGCUCAUUCGCACAUGCCUACUUAAUGAAGAGGGGGAAGAGCCCACAGAGUACAACUGAACUGAAAAGAACAUGCCUUUAUAAUGCUUUGGGUGAUAAAAUGUCAGGUCUUUUUAGUACUGUGGUUUUAUUGGUACCGUGUGUGUAUAGUUGACUGGUUAAUCUGAUAGUCUAGGUGGAGCUUAUCAAGGAAAGUGUGGGUUUUUUGUUUUAAUUAACUUUUUGUUCUGUUUUAGAUUCCAAUGUCUUACUGCCAAAUUAAGUCUUUAUUGCAGAUGUUGGUUGUCUCGUGAGGUGGAUGGUUAGAAGACUCGUGUUCCACUUGCAUGUGACCUGACAUUUUUCUGUCAUGCGCCAUUUUGACCAUUUAACAUGGUUUUUAAAAGGCUAACUGAAGGGCUUUAUAUUACUUUAAUGCUUUGUUCUUAUCCAAUAUUGGUUACAUUUUUUUUUAAACCAUAAUUUAUAUUUAAAAAAAAAGCAUAUGUACAUCUGUGGUCUUGAUGUUUUAUUCUUGAUCUACAAUUUAACAGAUGUAACUUUUAUUACAGGUGCAUUAAAUUAAAUUAUUUUCUGAUGCA